AUGCUCAAUGGCGAGGAGCAAGCUCUUGCGAGUGAGUUGCCACACAAAUAUCCACCGUUUGUGGAGUCCAUCACUAAGCGAAAGCUCAAACUAAGUGAGGUAUUGUGCGAAGCCUUUACCAUCGGAUGGUAUGGAGAGAAGAACACCAAACGGGUGGUACAAGUGAUGUGCUACUAUGUUGAUGGCACGAUUAACUUCUAUAUGAGGCCUAUCGAGGGUAUCAUGGCUACAGUCGAUCUUGACCUAAUGAAGAUCGUCGGUUAUCAUGACCGUCAAAUGAUUCCAGUCGCCAAAGGUGAUGGUGUAGAAUAUGUCGAGUCUAAACAAGGCCCUCUUUAUGACAAUCGUAUCAAGGGUAUGACGAUAUUGCAACAAGAUGGACCAAGUUUCACCUUAGAUGGAAAUAAUGUGAGGUGGGCUAAUUGGGAUUUCCAUCUCGGUUUCGACAUGAGAGUUGGCCCGGUAAUCUCCUUGGCGUCGAUUUUCGAUCACGACAAGAACAAAUACCGGAGUGUUUUGUAUAAAGGCUACGUAUCUGAACUUUUCGUGCCGUAUCAAGACCUUAGUGAAGAGUGGUGGUUCAGAACUUUCCUCGAUGCCGGUGAGUUUGGAUUCGGCAUUUGUGCGGUGCCACUACAGCCAUCAAGGGAUUGCCCUAAAAACGCAAAGUAUUUUGACGGUUAUUACACGAGUCGAGACGGGACGCCCGUGAAAAUACCUAAUGUCUUUUGUAUUUUCGAACGUUACUCGGGUGAUGUAAUGUGGCGCCAUACAGAGGCUGCUCUUCCUGGUGAUGACAUAGCGGUUAGUCUUUCAGGAAUUCUAGCUGUCAAGGGCUCCAAAUACACCCACCAAGACCAAAUCAAAGAAGAAGUCUACGGCACAUUAGUAGCCGAAAACACCAUUGCCGUCCGUCACAACCACUUCCUCACCUUCCAUCUCGACCUCGACAUAGACGGGCCCGCAAACUCCUUAACAAAAACCCACUUGAAAACGGUCCGUGUGGCCAACGGGACUUUUCCGAGGAGAAGCUAUUGGACCGCGGUCCACGAGACAGCUAAGACCGAGUCCGAUGCCAAGAUGACCUUCAACUCGGGUGAUACGGAGGUCACAAUCGUGAAUCCCAACAAGAGGACUAAUAUGGGCCACCAUGUGGGCUAUCGGCUGGUCCCAGGCCCAGUUGCGGCUCCAUUACUAUUGGGAGACGAUUACGAACAAAUACGCGGGGCCUUUAGUAACUAUCAUGUUUGGGCCACCCCGUAUAACAGGUCCGAAAAAUGGGCUGGCGGGGAUUUUGUGGAUCAGGCGCACGGAGACGAUACAUUGGCUGCAUGGACCAUGAAGAAUAGGGACAUUGUGAACAAGGAUAUUGUGGUGUGGCACACCUUGGGUGUUCAUCAUGUGCCCGUGCAGGAAGAUUAUCCGAUCAUGCCGACACUGAGUGGUUCGUUUGAGCUUAAGCCAACCAAUUUCUUUGACUACAAUCCGGUGCUCAAAGUCAAGCCGCUCUCAUCGGUGGAUUGGGUUAAUUGUUCGGCAAAAUCUUCUUAA